CGCAGCCAAUCACAGCCUCUCCCUGCGCAGCCUCACUAAUCGUGGAUUAGCCACAACCGACUGCAGUCCACAGCUCCAGGAGGAAGAGGAGGCUCGACCUGCCGUCUACUACUCACUCUUUUGUUCAUCAUGACCCCCUCCAGGUGCGACAGGUCGCGUUUUUCCUGACUUUUGCGCCACAGAGUCUCUGCGCAUCCUCAGGUAAAGGUGUGGGAACGUCGAGCAAAUUGUUGGACUCAACUGAUGGCGCUUUAGGAGAAAAAAAUACACACAAAAAACGCUGCAUCGCUGUUGCAAGAUGUUCAAAACGGCCAAUUACCCGACGGUGGAUCCCGCGCCCCCCAUCAUGCACGGCGCUUGGCUCUCCACGGGGUGCCGAGAAAACGCGCCCGUGGCCGUGGAGAAGCCCAAGAAAAAAGCCUUCAGCCUGGUGAAGAUCAUGUCUCUGAGCAGCAGGAAGGGGCACGGCCAGCACCCGCACAAUAACAACAACAUGCCGUUCACGAUCCACUGCCAGAUCGGGAAAGAGAUCAAGCACAUUUGCAGCAACUGCAGCCGCGGGAACGACACGCAGGACGCUGAGGAAGUAGAUAGGCUGGCCGCCAUGCGCUCUGAAUCCUUCGUCUCCGGGGCCCACACUCCACCCAUCAGUCAUCGGAGCAAGUUCGCCACUCUGGGAAGACUCCUCAAGCCCUGGAAGUGGAGGAAGAAGAAGAGUGAGAAGUUCAAGCAGACAUCUGCUGCUUUGGAAAGAAAGAUGUCACUGAGACAGAGCCGGGAUGAACUCAUCAAGCGGGGGGUGCUGAAGGAAAUCUUUGAAAAAGCGAGCGUGGAAUUCAGAUCCCCAGUGGAUGCUGGGAUCUGCUCUCGGGAAUCGUCAAUAAAAUCCUCGAUGGUCUUACCUACGAAAAAAUCAGUCACUUUUCCGGGUGACCAUCAAGAUACACCUGUGAAGCCCCCACUGUAUCAGAAACAGCCCCCGGCUCUCCCUCCAAAGCCUUUCUCAAGGAUCCCAAACCACAGCACAGAUUCACGGCAGCCGGUCAAGUUGCCCUGCAUGCCUGGGGGAAAGCACUCUCCGCCUCUGCCUCCCAAGAAAGUGAUGAUCUGCGUUCCUCCAGGGCUGGACUCUCCCAACCCCCUGAGCACGUACCCGCCAAAGUGUGGCCCGCCAAAGGGCGUGCCUCCUCACCUCGGCCCCCUGCUGCCCUCCCAGCUGGCUGGGCUCUCCAGCUUCCACCAAAGCCACGGUCACCCGCUGCAGCUUCAGUACGGCAGCCUCCACGCGCCCAGCCGCAUCAUUGAGGAGCUGAAUAAGACCCUGGCACUCUCCUUGCAGAGGUUUGAAAGCUCUGCGUUGCACAGCAGUGUUCAGUGCGUCCCCCUGGACAAGAGAGAAGUGCCAUCCGUGAUCAUCGACUACGAGGAUGACAAGGAGAACAUGCCCAACGAGUCUGACUAUGAAGAUCUACCCAGCAUGUAUAAGGAAGAGGAGGAAGACGGGGAUGACGACGAGGACGAUGAUGAAGAUGACUCGAUAUUUACUAGCACCCUGGCUCAGAAAGUGCUGAGAAAAGACUCUCUGGCCAUCAAGCUGAGUAACCGUCCGUCCAAAAGAGAACUGGAGGAGAAAAACAUCCUACCCAUGCAAACCGAUGAGGAGAGGCUGGAGUCCAGGCAGCAGAUAGGCACCAAACUCACCAGGCGCUUGAGUCAGAGACCUACAGUGGAAGAACUGGAACAGAGGAACAUCCUUAAGCCUCGCAAUGAGCAGGAGGAAAUGGAGGAAAAGAGGGAGAUAAAACGGAGGCUGACACGAAAGCUGAGCCAAAGGCCCACUGUAGAAGAACUGCGGCAGGCCAAAAUUCUCAUCCGAUUCAGUGAUUAUGUGGAGGUGUCAGACGCCCAGGACUACGACAGACGAGCAGAUAAGCCCUGGACCCGGCUUACAGCAGCUGAUAAGGCAGCUAUAAGGAAGGAACUCAAUGAUUUCAAGAGCAAUGAAAUGGAGGUGCAUGAGUCAAGUCGCCAUUUAACCAGGUUUCACAGACCGUAGUGGACCAUCACUGUCUUGAGUGGUGCCUGGCCCGUUGCUCUGCUCAAAUGAGAACCUUAAGUGCUGGACAGUAAAAUGGUGCCCAUUUCUACAGCAAGGCCAUGUCUUCUGAAAUGCCUUUUCAGGACCCACACAACUGAGUCAGUACUGAUCCACGAAAUGUAGACACCCCUGCUUCAUCCACUGUAGUAGCACAUAGUGACUCUUCUUCGUUUACAUUGCCCCUUUGAGGCAAUUUUGUCUCCCCAAAGCAUCCGCCAAGCUCUCAGGUGGAUGUUUGGUUCCGUGGUGGCGGAGGGAGGAAAAGUCUUUUGUUUGCAAAUAUGAAGACUUUAUGGGCAUAUUUUAAUCCAUUCUCACGAUUGAUCUGUUCCAUUGGACUUUUCCAUUUGUGGACAGACUUAUGCGAGGAUGGAGAAAUUAAAAUCAUUGUUCCAGGAGCAGCUCCAUCUUUACAACUCCUGCUUGAACUUUGGAAACUGAGACUGAAAGGGAGGAAGGCCUCCAACCUUACAAGUUGUGCAAUUUGUUUUUCCUCUGCUUUUCUUUGACUAUAGCACCCCCUGGAGUUCCCUUUUGCCAUGACUUUCCAUUGUCCUGACCUCCUUUUUUAUAAAUGUGCAAUUCUGACUGUACCAGCAUUGCUGACAUCUAGUUGCUAACUGUGAAUCUAAGAGUUUGGGAAAUUUCCUAUUCUCUCUCCAAAUGUUCACUUUGCUUUUACUUAAGAGGAACUUGACAUACAAAGAAAGGAAAAAAAGGUAAUCAAAGUUUCAAUCAUGUCAGAGUCUUAUGUAAUCAAGGUGAAAACCAUAAGUCACAGAUGUGUUCUGGCUCCAGAAUGUGCAAUGAUUUUCUGUUUUUGUAUAAACUUGUGAGUUUUAGAGGCACUUAAUUUAAAUAUACAUUCUAGCACUUUCAACAGAGAUUCAUUGAAAUGGAUAUCAAGAGAUGACUCACCGCAUUGUUACUGUUAUCUCUUACUUUCUUUGUGUGUGUUUGAUGCAAUAUGUUUAAUAAUCUGGUCUCAUAACGUGCAUUGGAUUCAACUAUUUUCUAUUCAUGUCACUCAAGCUUUUGACGAAGCAAUAUCCUUUGUUUGUAGUGAAAGGUUUGACUGCAGGUGAUUUCCCCCCAGCCACUGUUUUUUACUGUGCAUAUACAGGUUGUUUGCACUUCAGGGUUUGAUAUGUUACUUUGAGAGGCUUUAUUCUGGAGGGAUUGUUCAUCUUUUUUUUUUUCUUAACUGAGUUACCUAAAAUCUGCCUGUUUAACAGCUUUACCAACAUGUUUAGAUAAAGUCUUAGGUGAUGAUCAUUUAUUAUAAUGUAUUGUAAAACCCAAAAGACGGGCACAGGUUUUAGCGUAUUCUCAGAGUCUACAUUUUUGAAUAUUUUUACUGCUUAAGUAUUUUGCACUGUUUAAACUUUUUUUUUCUCAAAUGUAAAAUUCUUGUUGGACUUUUGAGCUGUAAACACCUGAUAAGUAAUCCCACACCAGUAUUCAUUCCAGUGAGCACAUCGGAAGCUUUAUGUGCACAGAAUAUUUCUAUUAUUUUUUACUGUAUUACUUUCAAAGUUACAAACGACAUUGUCAGAUAAGGAAAUGGAGUGAAUGAAGGAGGCUGAUAGCCACCCGCUGGAAUCCAUCUGUCUGAAAAGGAAUGUUUUUUUCCCUUCUCCCCGGGUUUAAUCGGGGAAUGAUGUCCCAAUAAAAUCUGGCAAUGAACAACAAAAAA